AUGGCGACCACACCAGCUGGGCGCAUGCUCACUCGCCAACUAGCGCAGAUGCAAUCCGACAAAGACAUCCCCGGCAUCAGCUGCGGCCUAGUCGACGACAACAACGUUUUUGAAUGGGAAGUCAUGCUCAUGAUCUCGGACGACUGCAAAUUCUACGGCGGAGGAUUCUUUCGAGCCCGACUCACUUUUCCCCAGGAAUAUCCUCAUAUGCCUCCGAAGAUGAAGUUCGAGACUCCUAUUUUCCAUCCAAAUAUUUACCCGAAUGGCGACGUCUGUAUUUCGAUUUUGCAUCCUCCCGAGGAAGAUAAAUAUGGUUAUGAGUCGGCCGCGGAGAGAUGGUCACCCGUGCAGACACCAGAGACUAUUCUAUUGUCGGUCAUCUCGAUGCUGUCAAGCCCCAAUGACGAGAGCCCAGCAAAUGUUGAAGCGGCGAGAUUGUGGAGGGAUGACCCAAAAGAAUUCAAGAAACGCGUGAGGAAGUGCGUCAGGGAUAGCCUAGGAGAGGACUAG